AUGUCGCACAUGUCCACACGGGCGUCGAGGCGCAAAGCUUCGGAGCCCUACCACCGCCGACAACAACAUCAACAACAACAGCCCUCGGACGAGGAAAUCACCUUCCGGGGACGACGAGGAGCAAGGGGAGGAGGGCCAUCAUCAUCAUCACGGCCAAUGGACCGCUACCAGCCCCCGAGCCGGCCCGACACGAGACCUCCGGCGCCGCCACCACCACCACCACCACCACCACCCCCGCUGUCCCUGCUGAGGGGAAGGUCCGAAGGCAGACUACACAGCAGAGACAGGAACGAGCCAGCGAGGGAUAGGACAACUACCAGGAGGGAUCUGGACGGGGCCUGGAGCAGAAACGACCAGGAGAGGCAACCGACGCCCCAUCACAAUAGCGCUGGAACAAGCUAUGGACACACCUACCGUGGAGGCAGCGGCCGAGGCGGGAACUACGACAGAGGUGAACCGGCACGCUACACCACCCAUGGGAGCUCCACAUAUGCAACACCAUCGCGGGCUCACCAUACCACAAGCUUCAACGGACCCAUCAGAACUGCAAGCGCGCCCGACUAUGGGCGCAACCAUUCGAGGAGCGGUUCAUACAGCUAUCCCGACACCCCCGUCUCCAGCGAUGGUGGAGUAGCCCUCCCAAGCAAGUACGAAGGGCAAGACUACAGGAGAAACGACCAGUGGAGAGCCAACCUUCCACCGCCGCCGCCUCCGCUCCCCCCCAUUCCCGGAUAUGCUAGUGUUAAUAGAGACGACUCUUGGAGAAACGAUGGCCGCUUUCCCCACCCCCCACCCAUCCCAAGCUCAAGCUACAGAGGAGAGCCGCCGUAUCCCAAGCCCAGCUACCCUGGGAGCACCCCUUACGCCCCCAGAGACUUCGGAUCUAGCUCUCGCGAGACUUUCCGGGGACGUGGAUCAUCGCGAGACUACCACACGUCUACUCCACGACAAGAAGUUGCUCGCAGGUCCGAAAAUCGCUACCCUCCUCAUCCUCCUCCUCCUCCUCCUCCCCCUCCUCCUCACAUUCCCAUAUAUUCUUCUACCCCACUCCCCCCACGGGGUCCUCUCUCAUCAGCGCGUUUUCGACAGGGUAUUGACAAGCACUCGAGAUACAGCUCAACCUCCGCACCACCUCACACACACAAACCAUUUCCGCCUUCUCACCCCAGCUCUAAAGCUACUCGCGGGAAAAAAGUUCCUCACUACGAGCGGCCCGCUCGCCCUGAACAUGAGCCCCGGACAGUGCCUCCCGCUCGCCUGGAACAAGAGCCCAGGACAGGGCCUCCUGCUCGCGGUAGAAUGAAUCCUCCUCGCUCAGACUUCCCACCUCAUACCCAUAUUCCGCUUGAGAAGACAAGAAAAGCCAUACCCUUCCCCUCCCCAGAAUACCUCGACAUUUCCCUCCAGCCCACACACCUCUCCUCCGCCACGGCGAAUCGUGAGCAGCUCAUUAUCCUCGAUCUCAACGGCACCCUCCUGGCCCGGAAAUGCGGCCGCGCAAAAUCGGGCUCCAUCAACCCCACCCCGCGGCCGGGGUUGAGGGCAUUUCUAAACUACAUCUUUAAACAUUUUAGCGUGAUGGUAUGGAGCAGUGCGCGGCCGGAUAAUGUAAGCUUGAUGCUCAAGGCUUUGUUCACUCCAGCAGAGAAACAGAUGUUGUUGGCCGAGUGGGGAAGGGAUACCUUGGGCUUGACGAAGUUCGAGUUCAACCAGAAGGUGCAGGUGUACAAGCGGCUGGACAGAGUCUGGGAGGGCCAGUAUCGGGUUGCAUUCCCCAUGGAGGGGAAAUGGGACCAGACGAAUACGAUGCUACUCGAUGAUAGUCCGACCAAAGCGGUCGGGCAGCCCUAUAACCACGUCGAAGUUUCGGAGUUUCUGGGCACGAUGAGAGAGGUCAGGGAAGAUAGGGUGCUGAUAAACUUGGUCGGGUACCUCGAGGAAAUCAGGUUGCAGGGGAACGUAUCGGCAUUCAUCAGAACCGCCCCAUACAAAGCCAGCGAGAACCGGGAACAAGUCGGGAGGAGGGUCUUGGCCGAGUUCGGAUAUGAGGAGCCUGUGGUCGAGAAUCUCACUGAAGGGCAGUUGGAGGUUGAGAGGGUCGAUGAGCGCGAUGAGCGUUACUUGAAGCAGAAACAGGAGAAAAAGAGGCUAACCACCGAGGAAGAGGUCCAGAAGAAGAUGGACAAAAAGGCGAGGAAGAAGGAGAGGAAGAGGGAGAAGCUCGAGGCACUGAAGGCCAAGAAUGCGGAAGAGAACUCGAAGGUGGAAACGUUGGAGAUUUCCGCUGUCGAGGGGUUGGAGCUUGACCAACAUCAAGGGUCACCGGACCCCGACGACGUCUAUGGUGAUGAUGUGUUCUCUGAUCCGGGUGAACGGGGCCAAUAG